AUGUCAAUACAAAUUGAUCAAAAGUAUGCGGAUUUGCAAGCCUGUUGUGCUUGUCUUGGUUUCGUAGACGAAAAUGUUUACAAAGUUGAUUCAGAUGCUCCAGCUUCAAUUCGUUCAAUUUUACGCUAUCUCCGUUACGAAAGUACGAAUUGCGAUAUUCGAACAGAGUUGGGGAAUAUGAAAAUCCUAGUUAGCGAUCUCAUUCCCCUACUUAAAGUCAGUAAAUCUGAUCCUGUCUUAUUCGAUCUCGCAGUUCGACUGAUGGUUAGUCUAACCCAACCAGCCGUCGUCUGCUUUCGUAACGAAAUUCCCUCUGAUAGGGAUCUUUAUGCUGCUUUUAUGAAGGUGGAUUCUAUUCUCAAAAGCUACAAACAGGCUUUCGCUGAUGAGAACCUUUUUCGAGUUCUUGCUGAGCGUGUCGAAGAAGUAUUUAAUAAGGAUUGGGAUGAACGAAGUGAUGAGGAUCGAUUGAUGAUUGAGAGAAUCUUGAUCCUAAUUCGAAAUGUCCUUCAUAUCUCCCCUGAUAGUUGCACUGAACACAGAACGGAUGAGGAUGUUUCAAUUCAUGACCAAUUGCUAUGGACCAUUCAUCUUUCUGGUUGGGAUGAUAUACUUCUUUUCUUAGCCAAUGCUCAAGACGAGAGAGGUGUUUUUGCCUUUCAUAUUCUUGAAAUAGUUUCACUAAUGCUCAGAGAACAGGUAAUUAAUUUUUUUAAAUGCAACAUUACUGGACUCCUAUUAAUGCAUUUAUUUUCGUUUCAGACACCUGAGCAGUUGGCUUUAGCUGGCAAAAAGGCCGAAAUUGAUAAUCCAAAUUCACGAAUUCUUGAAAGAAUUCAUUUACGCGAACAGGAGAAAAAGCGAGCCGCUUUGGCUGAGUUAAACAUGCGUCAUAAUCGCUUCGGUGGAACCUUUGAACUCCUUGGAACUCAGUCCAUUUCCAGUCGUCCCCUAAUCUAUCACCACGAUGUGACAGCGCCUCUGCGUCGAAGUCACCUCGACUCCGGCAAGAACCAGACGUCGAUCUCAGCCAUCGGACAGGUAGAUCUUAAUCUGGGCAAACGAAUUCGUCGCAAAGCUGUCAAUCGUAAGCCCCUCAUUGAACGCGAAUAUCAUCGCCGGUCCGUUCUGAGUAUCCAACUCUUUCUUCAGAAAUUUUGUUGGGAGUUUCUGCAAAAUUGUUACAAUCUCCUCAUGGCUUCAGCCAGGAGUGCGAUAAUGCGACAGAGCACACAGGCCAACGAUGAGACUUACUAUCUCUGGGCAAUGCAUUUCUUCAUGGCCUUCUGUCGCCUCUAUAGAUUCCGUCCUCAGUACCUAAGUGAGUCUCUUAAUGUGAGUGUCUUCAAUUGGGUCUACACGCUCUCAAUGGGUUAUCGAGAGGCUCUCUUGACGGACAAACGAGGUGGGGCUAGAAAUCAGAAUGCCCUUCAAUGUAGCCGACGUUUAGCUCUGGUUGUCUCGGCCUACAAGGAAUUUCUUCUCUGUCUUCAAGAGAUGCUCAGAGGGAGUGCUAAGAAGUUAGAACCGAGCAUCGAAGGAGACGAACGGGAGACACAUGAGGCUAAGGAACAGAGACUGAAAAAUCAAAAACAGGUUGCGGAGUCACUGAUGGGCAAGCAUACUUUUAUGGUUUUUACUACUUAUUUGAAGGAAAAAUCUAUUAAAAUAGUCCUCUAUGGCAAAUCGAAUAUCUUCUACGUGGCCGAAUACCAGGAUCUUAUCGUCUACCUCCUGCGUGAGUACAAUGAAUCUCUCCAGUCAAAGGAAUAUUUGCUAGAUCUGGUGGAAGUCACUCAUUUAUUCAUCAGUCUCCUCACAUUCCAAUCAAAGAAUGCCACAACCUUAAUCGUAUCUCGACGUCAAAAGCGUCGGCAACGCAGCGAGAAACGUCGUCUCGAAUGUGCUGCUCAUAAGCAGCGACAGAAGGAAAUGCUGGCUGCCCGGAAACGUCUUCUUGAUCGAGCUAAUGAGACUCCUGAAGAGAGGGCUGCUCGUCUAACACGAGUUUGGACGACCCUCUCAACCAACCUCCUCUCUGCUCUGUUGGGAAACCUUGAACUCCCACCGAGUGAGGAGCUACCCGAACUUUUUGAUCCCACCUUGAUGGGAGAGAAUGAGAGUGAAGCAAUGGCUAUUCAGUUGAGAAAUGCCAUUCGUUUGGUGCACUCCGCUCUUCAUGAAAAUCAGGCCGCGAGAGCCCUGGCUCUAGCCAGGAAGAUGUGGGAUAUUUGGCCCGAAGCGGCUCCAUCUAAUGAAGAAGAGAAUGAAGUAGAGGAUGAGGAUGGAGGAGAGGAUUUGGCGAGGGAGAAAAUGAAGGCUGCUCAGGCGGGAUUGGAGUCGAUCAAGGUUGCUGAGUAUACAUCUCUAUGGAAGAUAUUCGUGCUAGACUUGGCUGCCGAAGAGCUGGAGGCCACAGAGAGUGCUCUUCGUGAGGAGACCACUUGGAUAGAAGAGGAUGAGGAGAAUUUGAUACGUCGGGAGUUGCUUGAUUCCGAAGACGACGAGGAACGUGAAUUAGAUGUUGUGGAGAAGGAGGUCGCUUUCGAUAUCAACUCCUUCCUCCUUCGAUUCACCCAUCCCCACAUCAUUCGUUCUUUUACCUUACUCUUAGCGAACUACGCAUUGAAUCCUCCAUCAACGAACAACCAUUUGGUACAACUCUUGCACAAAAUCGUCGUCAAACAGAACUUACCCGGUGUUCUCUUCCAACUUCGACUUUUCCAAGUUUUCGAAACUAUUGUUCAAGAUCCUGUUGUUGGAAAGCUCGACGAAUUCAAGGAAUUACUACGAUUUAUUAAGUACAUUCUUCGCAAGUUCUUCACGGCUUUUGAACAUUCUCGAGCAGUUGUCGUGGAGGCGCUUUUCUUCAAGAGUACUAGAGAAGCUGCUGAAGCAUAUUCUGGAUAUGGAACAUACGAAUCUGGGCCAAAAACAUCUAACUGGAGUCCAGAAUUGGAUAAAGAGUUGGACCAGCUCUUUGAGGCUUUUAGAUACGACCCUGUACCUAAAGGUGAAGAUUUGGCUGAUGUACUGAAACGAAAUUUCUCUGAUCCGACAAAAACUCGGCGUCAGAUUAUUAUGCGUCUGAUGUAUCUUGGAAAGGUCGCCUCGGCUAAGAAUCUCAAAAUGAUGACGAUUCACGCAGGAGAUGAGAGUGGAUUUAUUCGCCGAAGUCGUUCUAGAAGGCCAGGCUGGACAGAAGAAGAAGUGGUCCAUUUGAAAGAACUCUUCCAGGAAUACGAGGGGUCAGAAUACCGAUUUGAAGAUGUCAUGACCGAACUAAAGUUGGAGCAUGAACGUAAGCUUAGAGAAUACGAACAAUUUCAGCAUCAUGAAGAAGCGACUCAACCGCCGAUUUUGCGGGACCGUCAGGAAGUUCGCAAAAAGCUAUAUGAACUGGGAUUGGUUGAGCAAGCGAGGGACUUUGGCAAGAUUAAGCGUAAUCGAACACGCAAGAAAUCGGAGUCCGAUUUUGUCGAGUUAGGAGGAGGUAUUUUCAUGGCGAAAACCACUAAAGCGAGAAAAUCUGGCAGGCGUAAACGAAAGCGGGAUUCGGAUGAUGAGGAAAUUGUUCAUAUCAUCUCUGAUUCUGAGGUGAAGUCUAAAGAAACUACCGAUGAGGUAACUGAAGAAGAACGGAGACGAUCACUUUAUUAUGAUCCCGAUGAAAGCUCAAACGAAAGUUCGGAUGAGAGUUCCUCCUCUUCUGAAGAGAGUUCCGACAACGAUAAUGGGGAAGAUGUCCGAAAAUCGAUUAGCCGGCCAGCAAUUCGUCUAAAACGUCGUGCAAUGCGUCGUCCAAUUGCAGCUAAUCGUGCUGUGAGAACUACUGAGCCUGCUAGUGUAGACCUUGACGAUGAGAUUGACGAUAAGAUUCUGAAUAGAGAGCUCGAAUCGGCUAUGGCAGAAAUUACUAAUCAAGAAAAUACCGCUGUUCAAUCAGAGGGAGAAGAACCACAUCCCAAGAAACGACGAAAGUUGGUUGCUUUCAGAGAUGAUGGUGAUGAUACUGAUGGCGACAGCAAUGAUAAGAUGGACACGAUUACAGCAGAUGCAGCAUUUGAUGCAUCUGAUAGUUACAGAGCGGUUUCUCCGGCUGCACUUUCUUCUCAACCUCAAUUUGAUGUCCAUACCGAAGAUGAUAUUGAGGAUUUUCGGUAUUCUCAAGCGAGAGGACGCAGAAAAGUUAUUUUAAAGGACGAUGACGAAGAAGAGCAGAUCGACAGUGAAGUCCCUAGGGAAAGUCUUUUAAAGGGUUCUAGGAAAACCCCUCCUUUUCGGUCAUCUGGGUCGGAAUCUGGCUUCCAGAAUGAAUAUACUGCUGAAGUUCUCGGAGACGGUGUACAAGUCACUGUAGAGGAUGCGAAUAAUGGAGAUGAAGAACAGAGUAAUAGGGCUUACACUGAAGUUCCCGCUGAUGACAUUCUUCCUGAAGGGUAA